CAGAACCCGGAGAGGAGCCGAGCGCCCUCCGCCCGAGGCGCCCUCCCUGGGUCCGCGCCCAGGCGCCGGCGCUCGGAGGAGCAGGGUGCCUCCCCGGCCGCCCGGGCGCUGCGUCCCAGCCCGCGGUCUGCUCGGCGGCUCUGCCCCGGGACUGCACCUGGAGGCGGCCCCGGACGGGCAUGGUAAGCGGCUGCCGCUGCCUGGCUCGCAAGCGGGACGCAGCGAGGGCACCAUGGUGCUGAUGCCCCGGAGGGGCCCCCCGGCGGGGCUCGUUCGGCCCGAGCUCUGGCUGCUGCUGUGGGCAGCCGCGUGGCGCCUGGGUGCCACGGCGUGCCCCGCCCUCUGCACCUGCACCGGCACCACGGUGGACUGUCACGGCACGGGGCUGCAGGCAGUCCCCAAGAACAUCCCACGGAGCACGGAGCGCCUCGAGCUCAAUGGCAACAACAUCACUCGAAUCCACAAGAAUGACUUCGUGGGGCUCAAGCAGCUGCGGGUGCUGCAGCUGAUGGAGAACCAGAUUGGAGUGGUGGAGCGGGGGGCUUUCGAUGACAUGAAGGAGCUGGAGAGACUACGACUCAACCGGAACCAACUGCACACGCUGCCAGAGUUGCUGUUCCAGAACAACCAGGCUCUGUCGAGACUGGACCUGAGUGAGAAUACCAUCCAGGCCAUCCCCAGAAAAGCCUUCCGAGGAGCCACGGACCUCAAAAACCUACAGCUGGACAAGAACCAGAUCAGCUGCAUUGAGGAAGGGGCUUUCCGGGCUCUGCGGGGGCUGGAGGUGCUGACCCUGAACAACAACAACAUCACCACCAUCCCUGUGUCCAGCUUCAACCACAUGCCCAAGCUCCGGACCUUCCGUCUGCACUCCAACCACCUGUUCUGUGACUGCCACCUGGCCUGGCUCUCCCAGUGGCUGAGGCAGCGGCCCACCAUCGGACUCUUCAGCCAGUGCUCGGGUCCCGCCGGCCUGCGGGGCCUCAACGUGGCUGAGGUCCAGAAGAGUGAGUUCAGCUGUUCAGGCCAGGGGGAAGCAGGCCGUGUGCCCACCUGCACCCUCUCCUCCGGCUCCUGCCCAGCCAUGUGUGCCUGCAGCAAUGGCAUCGUGGACUGUCGUGGCAAGGGUCUCACCGCCAUCCCUGCCAACCUCCCGGAGACCAUGACGGAGAUCCGCCUGGAGCUCAACGGGAUCAAGUCCAUCCCCCCGGGAGCCUUUUCCCCCUACCGAAGGCUGCGGAGGAUAGACCUGAGCAACAACCAGAUAGCCCAGAUCGCGCCCGAUGCGUUCCAGGGCCUCCGUUCCCUGAACUCGCUGGUCCUCUAUGGGAACAAGAUCACAGACCUCCCGCGGGGCGUGUUUGGCGGCCUCUACACCCUACAGCUUCUGCUCCUGAACGCCAACAAGAUCAACUGCAUCCGGCCAGACACCUUCCAGGACCUGCAGAACCUGUCACUGCUCUCUCUGUACGACAACAAGAUCCAGAGUCUGGCCAAGGGCACCUUCACCUCCCUGCGGGCCAUCCAGACCCUGCAUCUGGCCCAGAACCCUUUCAUCUGCGACUGCAACCUCAAGUGGCUGGCGGACUUCCUGCGCACCAACCCCAUUGAGACCAGCGGGGCCCGCUGCGCCAGCCCCCGGCGCCUCGCCAACAAGCGCAUCGGGCAGAUCAAGAGCAAGAAGUUCCGGUGCUCAGCGAAGGAGCAGUACUUCAUUCCAGGCACGGAAGACUACCAGCUGAACAGAGAGUGCAACAGCGACGCGGUCUGCCCGCACAAGUGCCGCUGCGAGGCCAGCGUGGCGGAGUGCUCCAGCCUGAAGCUCGCCAAGAUCCCCGAGCGCCUCCCCCAGGCCACAGCUGAGCUACGCUUGAACAACAAUGAAAUCUCCAUCCUGGAGGCCACUGGGAUGUUCAAGAAAUUGCCGCACCUGAAGAAAAUCAACCUGAGCAACAACAAGGUGUCCGAGAUUGAGGACGGAGCCUUCGAGGGGGCGGCGUCAGUGAAUGAGCUGCACCUGACCGCCAACCAGCUGGAGUCCAUCCGGAGCGGCAUGUUCCGGGGCCUGGAUGGCCUGAGGACCCUGAUGCUGAGGAAUAACCGGAUCAGCUGCAUCCACAAUGACAGCUUCACGGGGCUGCGCAACGUCCGGCUGCUCUCGCUCUACGACAACCAGAUCACCACCAUCUCUCCCGGAGCCUUCGACACCCUCCAAUCCCUGUCCACGCUAAACCUCCUGGCCAACCCUUUCAACUGUAACUGCCAGAUGGCUUGGCUCGGGGACUGGCUGCGGAAGAGGAAGAUUGUGACCGGGAACCCGCGAUGCCAGCAUCCAGACUUCCUGCGGCAGAUCCCCCUGCAGGACGUGGCCUUCCCAGACUUCAGGUGUGAGGAAGGCCAAGAGGAGACAGGCUGCCUGCCCCGCCCCCAGUGCCCCCAGGAGUGCACCUGCCUGGACACCGUGGUGCGCUGCAGUAACAAGCACCUCCGUGCCCUCCCCAAGGGUGUCCCCAAGAAUGUCACAGAGCUCUAUUUGGACGGGAACCAGUUCACACUGGUUCCGGGGCAGCUGUCCACCUUCAAGUACCUACAGCUUGUGGACCUGAGUAACAACAAGAUCAGCUCCUUAAGCAAUUCUUCCUUCACCAACAUGAGCCAGCUGACCACCCUGAUCCUCAGCUACAACGCGCUCCAGUGCAUCCCACCCCUGGCUUUCCAAGGGCUCCGCUCCCUGCGUCUGCUGUCCCUCCACGGCAACGAUGUCUCCACCCUCCCAGAGGGCAUCUUUGCUGAUGUGACCUCCCUGUCUCACCUGGCCAUUGGAGCCAACCCCCUGUACUGUGACUGCCACCUUCGCUGGCUGUCCGGCUGGGUGAAGACAGGCUACAAGGAGCCAGGCAUUGCCCGCUGUGCUGGGCCCCAAGACAUGGAGGGCAAGCUGCUCCUCACCACGCCAGCUAAGAAGUUUGAAUGCCAAGGUCCCCCAGCUCUGGCCAUCCAGGCCAAGUGUGACCCCUGCUUGUCCAGCCCUUGCCAGAACCAAGGCACCUGCCACAAUGACCCCCUGGAGGGGUACACAUGUACCUGUCCCGGUGGUUAUAAGGGCCAAGACUGCGAGGUGUCCCCGGAUGGCUGCGCCAGUGGCCCCUGUGAGAACCAUGGAACCUGCCUGCCACGGGAGGACGACGCCGGCUUCACAUGCUCCUGCCCCACUGGUUUUGAGGGGCCAACCUGUGGGACGAACACAGAUGACUGUGUGGAGCACGCAUGUGCCAACGGGGGCGUCUGUGUGGACGGCGUGGGCAACUAUACCUGCCAGUGCCCCUUGCAGUAUGCGGGAGAGGCCUGUGAGCAGCUGGUGGACUUCUGCUCCCCGGAUUUGAACCCGUGUCAGCAUGAGGCCCGGUGCGUGGGCACCCCAGAUGGGCCCAGGUGUGAGUGCCCGCCAGGUUACACAGGCGACAACUGCAGUGAGAACCGAGAUGACUGUGGGGACCACCGCUGCCAGAAUGGGGCCCAGUGUGUGGACGGAGUCGACACCUACUCUUGCCUCUGUGCCAAGGGCUACAGCGGACAGCUCUGUGAGAUGCCAGCCCGCCCCGCCGCCCCUAGGAGCCCCUGUGAGGGGACCGAGUGCCAGAACGGGGCCCGCUGCGUGGACCAGGGCAGCCGGCCCGUGUGCCAGUGCCUCCCGGGCUUUGGGGGCCCCGAGUGCGAGAAGCUGCUCAGCGUCAACUUUGUGGACAGAGACACUUACCUGCAGUUCACUGACCUGCAGAACUGGCCCCGGGCCAACAUCACGCUGCAGGUGUCCACGGCAGAGGACAACGGGAUCCUGCUGUACAACGGGGACAACGACCACAUUGCGGUUGAGCUGUACCAGGGCCACGUGCGUGUCAGCUAUGACCCAGGCAGCUACCCCAGCUCUGCAAUCUACAGUGCGGAGACAAUCAACGAUGGGCAGUUCCACACAGUCGAGCUGGUCACCUUUGAGCAGAUGGUGAAUCUCUCCAUUGACGGUGGCAGCCCCAUGACCAUGGACAAUUUUGGCAAGCACUACACGCUCAACAGGGAGGCCCCGCUCUACGUGGGUGGGAUGCCUGUGGACGUGAACUCGGCAGCCCUCCGCCUGUGGCAGAUCCCCAACGGCACCAGCUUCCAUGGCUGCAUACGGAACCUGUACAUCAACAACGAGCUCCAGGACUUCACCAAGACCCAGAUGAAACCGGGCGUGGUGCCCGGCUGUGAGCCCUGCCGCAAGCUCUACUGCUUGCACGGCAUCUGCCAGCCCAAUGCCACCCCAGGGCCUGUGUGUCACUGUGAAGCCGGCUGGGCAGGCGUACACUGCGACCAGCCAGUUGACGGCCCCUGCCAUGGUCACAAGUGUGUCCAUGGGAACUGCGUGCCCCUCGAUGCGCUUUCCUACCGCUGCCAGUGCCGGGAUGGGUACUCGGGGCCCCUCUGCAACCAGGCCGGAGCUCCGGCCGACCCCUGCGGGGGGCUGCAGUGCUUGCAUGGCCACUGCCAGGCCUUGGCCACCAAGGCAGCACACUGUGUCUGUGACCCGGGCUUUUCGGGCGAGCUGUGUGAGCAAGAGCCCGAGUGCCGGGGGUACCCUGUCCGAGACUUUCACCAGGUCCAGAGGGGCUAUGCCAUCUGCCAGACCAUGCGCCCGCUCUCGUGGCUGGAGUGCCGGGGCACGUGCCCGGGCCAGGGCUGCUGCCAGGGCCUGCGGCUGAAGCGGAGGAAGUUCACCUUCGAGUGCAGCGACGGGACCUCCUUUGCCGAGGAGGUGGAGAAGCCCACCAAGUGCGGCUGCGCCCUCUGUGUCUAGCCCCAGCCGGACGUGGGUGGGGGGGCUGAGCGCCGUACCACCUUCCUUCGGCGGCACUGGGGCUAGGGGUGUGGGCGCGGCGGUGGGCUGCCUGCCCCGAAGUGCCUUGCACAAAGGGGCGCUUAAUAAAUAUUUGUUGACUGAAUGUGUGCGUGAGGUCAGGCCAAGGCGUGCAGAAUGGGGGCACCCCGUCCAUGCCCGCUACCUGGGUCUGGAGAAAUGAACCAGCCCCUCCCCACCUGCCCUGUGCUCCUCUGGUCUGUGGCCCAUAGUGACCUUCGGAAACUGAGUCCCUGGCCCUCCUCCCCACCACCCAUUGCAGGAGCAGCUUAAAGCCUGCGACAGACAACCACUCUGGCCUUGGGCUUUCUUCAGCUGCCAGCGUCUGUGGCUAGGAAGGGCUUCUCCUGCUGGUCAGGAAGGGGGGUCCCCGAUUGUCAGACACUGUGGAGGUUCUUCUUGGGACCAGGCUUCUGAACCCUAAUGUUGUGCGUUGACCACCAUAGUUUCCUUAUACAAAGGAAACUGCCAUUGGGAUUGGACCCCACCAAAGAGGGCAGGGGAGAUACUGGUUCUAGCUGAAUAAACAUCACCAGGCUCCAAAUACUAGCUAAACUGCUCCAGCCACCAGCUGCUGUCCAUUGGCACUGGGAAGGCCUGGGGGCAGGAUGCCUGACCAGGGUGGACUCUCGGUUCAGGUGCUGUAUCCUGAAGAUCAGCAGGGAGUAGGAGGGGCAGUGGUCCAGGUAGAGGAAACCUAGUCCACUUCUAGUAGCUCUACCACUUUGGGCAAUUCCACCCUCCCCUUCCCUAGCUAUAAAAUGGGGGGUGGGGGUGAAUAAAUACGUAGACCCUUCCACUGUGGAUCCGGGAGGAAGCCUAGAGAAUGAGUUACAAGAUAUUCAUGUGCCUCGCCCAGGACUGGGUACUUGGGGUAUUCUGCCCUCUAUGGGCCAAAGUGAACUGACCAGGAGGCACACGGUGGGCAGGAUGCCUAGGAAGCGAGAGGAGGGAGCUUAGGCUCCAGAGUCGAGGCCCAGCUAAGCUGCCCUAGGUGUUGGCAAGGAAGGAAUUGGUGUCUGAUGUCACUGAAUACAGAUGCAGAAUAGAAAGGGUGAUUUUUGAGCCUAGUGAGAUGGCUGGAGGGGAGAUGGGGCACGUGCCUCUGGGGAAGUCCUGAUGGGCAAGGGGGUAGCCACAUACAUGACUUUCUUGACCCUUCUCUCUGCAAGCAUCUGGCAGUUGAGUGUUGGCGUCGCAAUGCCUGUGUCCCCGCAAUGUGGGGUGACAUUCCUGUGAAUGCGGGCCUAAAACAUUCUGCGACCAGAGAGAAAAUCUGGGGCCCUGUGACUGGAAGAGGUCCUCAUCAUGGGGCCAGGUUCUAAUCUCUUGUAACUAUGACCAAGGGCAGAGCUACCUAUCCUCAGGGGCCUGUGUGUAGGUCCUCCUGUGGACUGCAGCCUGGGCCUCCCUCUCUGGCUCCGAGCCUCUGGGGGAACCUUGGAAAGAAACUAGUAUAGAGCUGAACAGGGCAGAAACAUUACAGACCCCUUUCCUUAAUGAAAGGUGUUCUGGAACCCAGUGACACACAGACCUGAACCCCCACCCCCCCACGAGAGCAACUCCCAAAGACCUGAGGGCACGGACAGCCAGGAGGCACCAUGGAAAGGGCACCUGUAUGCAGGUGCCAAUUGCUUCUUGCUCCCCUACCCCCAGGUGUGUUUGUUCCUAAGGAAUGUGCUUGUGAGCUUGCCACCACACCCGGCCCCACCGCAGUGCCCGGUGUCCCAGCACUUCACACUAGGUCUGCAGGCCAAGUUAAGAGCCUUGGGCCCACCACCACCUUGUCCUCCAAUGUGGCCACGAACCUGCAAGUUGCUAAGGAAGCGUCCAUCACUCCUGUUACCUGCCACCUUCUGGUUCACUGGAAGUCGAAUGGCAGCUGGCUGCGAAACCAUCUCCACAUCGCAUGGCCCCAUUUGGUCAAGACCUUCAGUUGGCUCUUGGAUGCCGACACAGGCCGUUUCUACUAAACGUGUGUGAGGACACAGAAGCCGAACUUCGGGCAGCUGGGCUCCCACGGAGGUGGGGAAGUGCUGUUGGGAAUUGGAAAAGGCUGGACUUGGUCUUCUCUUUGCCUGCUGUUAGCCUAACCACAAAAGUAUCUCUUUAUACAGAAUACUUACAGAUUCUAAUAUAUAUUUGUAUUUCAUUUUGUUAUAGUAUUUUUCUAUGUUAAAGGUCAACACCAGUGUCUUGGCUUGAUUUUCAGCAGCUCUGUGGUUGUGAUGUUUUGUUCGGGGGUUUCUGUAGUCUUGUUUAAAUCUACGGGUUAAAGAGACUGGUUUAGAAUGGGCCCGUGAGGGAGCUGCCUGUCCUUGUCCUAGUGCCGCAUUUAGAACAUGCUGGAUAUUGUCUGUCGUCUUCCACGUGAACAUGACAUUGAUUCACCCAGA